AUGACAUUUCGAACGUUAAACGUAAAGACUCGAGCAACGCAGGUUAGGUACAACCCGUAUAGAAAUAAAUCUGUUAUAGUGACAUUUCUGUCGACGGCGUUGAUCGCCGGAAAUUAUUCUUUUCUGGAAGUCGUGGUGAGCCAAAAACAAAGAAGGACAAAAAUAAUCCACUACACGGGAAAACGUAAAACGGAUGCCACAUGCCACCUGGGGCACUGGUGUUACGCCACUCCAUACAGAGCUAGCGGAGAAGCAAAUCAGCUGAACAAAAAGGAUAUGCUUGAGAAGGUGGAGUAUCCAGCUUGGUAAUGGCGGAGAUCAAACGUUCCUGUAUUUCCAAACUGAUAAUAGUUACAAGAAAAAUAUGGAUGAUGCACUAUAUGAAAAAGAAAACUAUGUAAGAUAAUAAAUGCAAUAUAAUAGCAAUAACAGAAA